UAAAAUAAAAAGUGUGUUAUCUUUCUGUUUGCUUUUGAUCUGAUAAUAUAUUACUUGCUUUUACAAAGUUAGCUGAAUUUGCAAACGCCGUCGAUUUGUUGUUAGGGUUUGAGAAUCAUUGCAAUAAGCAUAAUAAUGAUGAGAAUAACGUGCAGCCGAAUCCUCAGAUUUUCAAAACCCUAUUUUAGGUGUGGGACGCAGAUCUCAAGCCGUUGCUUCAGUUCUCGAGGCCAGUCUCAUGAUCUCACCACAAAGAUCAUCACUUCGUCUCUUAGAGACGUCUCCACACGGCCCACAUGGCAACAUACUCAAAGCUUUGUUCAAUGUAGAAGAAGAGUUUCAUCCCAUGCUCAGAAGGCUAGUAAUGAUCAUCAAUCUGUAACGCUUGAGACUUUGGAUGCUCUGUGUAAAGAAGGAAGAGUGCUAGAAGCAGUGGAAGCUGUCAAGAUCUUGAAAGAUAAAGGCUACGUUGUGGACUUGCCUAGGCUUCUAGGGUUAGCCAAACUAUGCGGUGAAACAGCGGUUUUGGAAGAAGCUAGGGUCGUUCAUGACUUCAUCACUGUUUCGCUUUCUACUCCUUUAAGUGUUGCAUCUCACAACACGAUACUCAAAAUGUAUUGUGAUUGCGACUCCACUGAAGACGCGUUAAACAUGUUCAACGAGAUGUCUGAGAGAAACUCAGAGACUUGGUGCGUUACGAUGAGAUACUUAGCGAAGAACGGAGACGGUGAGCUCGCGAUUGACAUGUUCACACGUUUCAAAGAGGAAGGGAACAAACCCGACAAGGAGAUAUUCAAAGCGGUCUUCUUUGUGUGUGCUUCACUAGGGGACAGUAACGAAGGGUUGUUACAUUUUGAAUCUAUGUAUAAAGACUAUGGGAUCAUACCCUCCAUGGAAGAUUACGUGAGCUUAACGGAGAUGUUAGCAGCAUGUGGUCAUUUAGAUGAGGCAUUGGAGUUCGUUGAGACGAUGAAGGUGGAACCAAGCGUUGAAGUGUGGGAGACACUGAUGAAUCUCUGUUGGGUUCAUGGGGAUAUAGAGAUGGGAGAUAGGUUAGCCGAGUUAGUGAAGAAACUCGAUGCCACGAGGAUGAACAACAAUGAAGGUCUUGUAGCGGAGAAAGCAUCAGACUCCAGGAAGGAAGUGAUGAGAGAAUUGAAAAAGAGACUAUAUCCUGAAAAGAUUGGUGGGCGUACGCUUGAGUUCAAAGCAGGAGACACUUCAAAACUAGAGUGUAGUGAAACAGUUCCUCUACUGAGGAGUUUGAAAGUGCAUAUGUUAGAGAUGGGUUUUGUCCCCGCGAUUAGGUUGGUUAUUACUAUGAAAGGAGCUGAAGACGAGGAUAAAGAGGAACAACUUCUUCUUAGAAGCGACAAGCUAGCCUUUGCUCACGCCUUCCUUAACACAAAGCCUCGUGGUCGUGUAUCUGUUAUGCAAAAUAUGCGUAUCUGUCCUGAUGGACAUGAGACAUGUAAGAUGUUGACGUUGAUCACAGGGAGAGAACUGGUGUCACGAGAUUCGAAACGAUUCCAUAAUUACAGAAACGGAGUCUGUUCAUGCAAAGAUCACUGGUGAGUUCUCUUUGGUUUCUUCAAACCCCAUGGUGAUUUUUUUUUUAACUCAGCUUGUUAAAGAUUUUCCUUCUUCAUUUUAUAUUAUAUGUUUUUAAGAAAAGUUGUAGAAUAGGACUGAAUGUUCCUUUCCCUGAUCACAUUUUUUGGUUUAUUAUAUCGGUUAGAAAUAAGUUAAAUGUCAAUAUUUCAAUUCACAAAAUCAGAAAAUGAUAUUUAUGUAGCAAAGUUAUUACGUACAUCUGAUUGUGAUGUGCUAACGUGCCAUGAGAACAAUUUGGUUAUUACUAAUGGCUUUGUGAGACAAGGAUGUUCACUUUAGCUAGGUUCAAGUACAUUUUUGGUUAUUAACUAAGACUGGUCAAGUGCUUGCUUGCUACUUCAAGGCAACCUUGUCCAGAGA